UAUCAUCACGAUAGCACCGUUUUCGUUACUUGAAGGAUGGACGUUAUCAGACAUAGUAUGGCUAAACUCAAUUCAAAUCUAACGACGUUUUGAUUUAACUGCUACUGCAAAACUUUACAGACUAUCAAGGUGACGCAUCAAUCAUCUUGCGACAGUUUGACCUUCAAGUGCUCGCAACUUCCAUCAGUGAACGAUACCCGUGAAGCGUUAACGUUUGUGUGUGCAAAUGUCCUUUGUAUCACAUUGAAAUAGUUCAUAGUACAAGUAAAAUGGAAAACAUUUGUAUAACUCCAUCCUGUGGCAAACCGUCUAAUCUAAAGUGCCCUGUGUGUCGUGAUUUGGGGAUUGAAACAUCAUUCUUCUGUUCACAAGAAUGUUUCAAACAGUUUUGGAAAACACAUAAAACAAUACACGUUGUCGGUACCGAAGAUGCGUGCGAAGAUGUUCGUUUCAACGGAUAUAAAUUUACAGGUCAAUUACGACCUGCUAAAAAAACACCUAAACGAGAAGUGAAGGGUUCCAUUGAAUUCCCAGACUACGCUAUCACAGGGAUACCCGUUUCAGAACGCCAAGCGAAAAGUUCUCAUAGUAUUGUUGUUUUGGACGACGAUGAAAUUGAAUGCAUGCGUGUUACAGGAAAGCUUGCCCGUGAAGUCUUAGAAGAAGCAGUAAAAGCUGUUAAAGUUGGUGUAACGACUGAUGAAAUCGAUCGAGUUGUACAUGAGGCAUGCAUUGAACGUGAAUGUUAUCCUUCUCCACUAAACUACUUCAAUUUUCCGAAGUCAUGUUGCACAUCGGUUAACGAAGUGAUCUGUCAUGGAAUACCAGAUAUGCGACCUCUACGAAAUGGUGAUAUUCUGAAUAUUGAUAUUACCACAUACCACAAUGGAUUUCAUGGUGAUGUGAAUGAGACAGUGUUUGUAGGUCAACCAGAUGAUCGUUCAGUUAAUCUAGUGAAAAAUGCUUACAAAUGUUUGGUUAGAUCUAUGGAUGCUGUUCUUCCAGGUGUUAAAUAUCGUGAAAUGGGAGAUAUAAUUUCAAAAAAUGCUUCACUUGGUGGAUUUUCUGUUGUCAAGACUUAUUCAGGUCAUGGAAUACAUCGAUUAUUUCAUUGCCCUCCAAAUAUUCUUCACUAUUCACGUAAUAAGGCAGUCGGUGUCAUGAAACCGGGACAUUGUUUCACUAUUGAACCAAUGAUAAAUGAAGGCGAUUGGCAUGAUGAAUUAUGGCCAGACAAUUGGACUGCAGUAACUAGGGAUGGUUUAAGAUCAGCUCAAUUUGAACAUACUAUGGUUAUUUCAAAACCAGAAUUAGCCACAUCAAAUGGAAUGGCAAUCGAAGUAUUAACUAAACGUCGUAUCAGUGGUGCUGAUCCAUUAAAUGGAUGUAAAUUCAAUGAAGAAGAUGCUUUACAUUUUGAACGUUAUGGUAGACCUUAUUUUGUAGAUCAAUUGUACAAAUUAGGUUUAAAUACUGAUUGUACAGUGUUUAAAAGUAUGUCUAAAAAUUAGACAAUUUAUAAAACUUUCAAAAUUUGAAAAAAUCCAUUCUCUUUCAUAUUGAGCGAAUGCUUUUACGCCUUUUGUGUACGAAUGAUCUUAGUAGAAGAAAAGAACUGUAUUCAAAGAUGAUACUUCCUCUUUUGUGAUAUUGAUUCUUGUUUCAUUUCUAUUAUUAUAUUAUUAAGUUAAUACUCGAUAAUCUAUAAUAAGACGUUAAUAUUAUAUAUUUAUACUGUCUAAGGUAGCUGUAACAGUAAUAUUAUGGAUUUUAGAAUUUGAUGGUUACAUUUUAGACUACGCGAUGAUACGGAUAACGAAGAGGCUACAGGACAUUCAUUAAAUUCAGUCAGUCAUAGACAACUUAAAAUAUAGAAUAUAUCUGCACCGGUCCAAGUUCCCACACUGCAAUAACAAAACAAAGUGAAACUGUCAAGAUAAAUACCGAAACAUUAUUACCAUCGGUGGUUGUAAAAAGGAUUAGGUUUAGAGAAUAUGACUGAAGAAGAAAGAAAUGUUUCGUAGGAUGGAAAGUGAGGAGUGGUUGUGAAUUUCAGGUUAUAAGAGAACACAAAGAGUGCACAUAUGUGAACUGCAUGACACAAUGUCUCCAACCAUUGAUAACCUCAAAUGAACAGUCUACACACAUUAACGCGGUUCAGACAUAUGGUUAAUGAUUUCGUGCUGUGAUGUGAUAUCUUGAUUUGCUUCUCCUUAUUUGUGAUUAAGUACUUGCAGCGCAUAAAUAUAUAUAUUCCCGGAAUCACAGGUCUGAAAUUACUCAGUUUUUUUCACUUUAGUAAGCGUCAUUUCGUAAGAUUGAAUGUGUGCUAUCCAGAUAUAUGCGUAUAUACUUUGUAGUGAGUAUAAAUUAAUAAAAUUCUUUGUGACACCAAGUAACAUGCAUAACUCAACUUUGUUUUACUUCUCUGUAUUAAUCAAUGAAAUAAUUUGCUUAAC